AUGAUCACUGGUACUUCCCAAGCUGACUGUGCUAUUUUGAUCAUUGCUGGUGGUACCGGUGAGUUCGAGGCUGGUAUCUCCAAGGACGGUCAAACCAGAGAGCACGCUCUGUUGGCUUUCACUCUUGGUGUUAGACAACUGAUUGUUGCUGUCAACAAGAUGGACUCUGUCCAAUGGUCUGAGGCCAGAUUCGAGGAAAUUGUCAAGGAAACCUCCAACUUCAUCAAGAAGGUUGGUUACAACCCUAAGACUGUUCCAUUCGUCCCAAUCUCUGGUUGGAACGGUGACAACAUGAUUGAGCCUUCUUCCAACUGCCCAUGGUACAAGGGAUGGCAAAAGGAGACCAAGUCCGGUGUCGUCAAGGGUAAGACUCUUCUUGAGGCCAUUGACGCCAUUGAGCCACCUGCCAGACCAUCUGACAAGCCAUUGAGAUUGCCAUUGCAAGAUGUCUACAAGAUUGGUGGUAUUGGUACUGUUCCAGUCGGUAGAGUUGAGACUGGUGUCAUCAAGGCUGGUAUGGUUGUUACCUUCGCCCCAGCUGGUGUUACCACCGAAGUCAAGUCCGUCGAGAUGCACCACGAGCAGCUUGCUGAGGGUCUUCCAGGUGACAAUGUUGGUUUCAACGUCAAGAACGUUUCCGUCAAGGAAAUCAGAAGAGGUAACGUCUGUGGUGACUCCAAGAACGACCCACCUCAAGGAUGUGCUUCUUUCAACGCUCAAGUCAUUAUCUUGAACCACCCAGGUCAGAUCUCUGCUGGUUACUCUCCAGUUUUGGACUGCCACACUGCCCACAUUGCCUGCAGAUUCGACCAACUGCUCGAGAAGAUCGACAGAAGAACCGGUAAGAAGAUGGAGGAGAACCCUAAGUUCGUCAAGUCUGGUGACGCUGCCAUUGUUAAGAUGAUCCCAUCCAAGCCAAUGUGUGUUGAGACCUUCACUGAGUACCCACCAUUGGGAAGAUUUGCCGUCAGAGAUAUGAGACAAACCGUUGCCGUCGGUGUCAUCAAGUCUGUUGACAAGACUGCUGCUGGUGCCGGAAAGGUCACCAAGGCUGCUCAAAAGGCUGC